AUGUCUGAAACAUUGGCCAAACCUUCUAAAGGGAUGGAGGUGGACUACCCUCCGUUUUUUCCGGUCGCUAGAAUGCCGGAUGAUAUUCUCCAUCUCAUCAUGGAACACUACGUCGAGGCCCGUCUCGACGAACUGGAAGACUAUGCCGAAAAAGGCCCAUACUGGCGAAAGGCUACUCAAUGGCCGGUCCUGCCUCUAUUGACCAGCUGCAAGACCAUAUGCGACGCCUUAAUCCCCAAGCUCUACCGCUACACGCUGCUCCUCGGCGACCAGAACGUCGAGCGCUUUCUCAGCGAGUCGGCUUUAGCAUCCUUUCAGCACGUACGGAUCCUCGACAUCCAUAAGCUGGAAUACAAUUACAACUCAGGCAUCGCCCCGCAAAUAAUGCGAAUCCACCAAAAGCCUUUCGAGGUUCCGCUCGAUGAACAAUGCGACAACAUGGACUCGCCCACUGCUGAGGCAGCCACCUCGCGUAUCGACGCUUUGAGACUUCGAGAAAAGGCGUUCCAGAAUCCGUUAGGUCUCCUUGCUUGCUUUAGUAUUCGCCACAUACAAUAUGAUGGUUUUCCUGCGGGAUCCUUCGAAGACUUCCACUUUCAGUUGGAUCUGUACGAGCGCACUACCGUGAGGUGUGACGCCUACCCAAGCACAUCUAUCUUGGCGGAUAGUUUCUCCGAACCUCCGAUCACUUAUCCGCAAAAGCAGCCGGACUACUCCUGGAUACACAGGAAGCCCACAUCUCCUUUUGUACAUAAUGUCUUCAUCGAGGUCGGCUACCCUAGCGACCGCAGCCAUAGACAAAAUCGCGCCAAUGCAAGGGAAGCGCGGAUUCUAUCAGCCGUAAGGCAUUUGAUCCGGCCCCUCCGACGGUCCUCGAACGGUCCGAUCUGCUUCACUAUCAAACCCUACCACGAUCCUCACGGCGGAGAGGACCAUCGAUUAUGGUGUUCUGAAGGGGUAGCCCCUGCGGACAUCCAUGCGGAAUGGUGCAAGGUCGAAGUACGUUUCGUAUCGAAAUGCUCUAGCGAUUGCAAGAACGCAGGCACUACUUCCCGCUUUUGGAACAACAUGAGUUCCAUGAUGUCGUUUUUCCUCGAGGAUCCAGCCGAGAGUUCGGAUCUGCCAGAUGACGGAACGAUCAAGAGCUGGCAUCCCACGGCUCAUCCAUGA